AGUGGCCCAUCCCACAUGAAUGGAAGUUGGCUCCUUCCUUCGUUCGUUGUUGUGUUCCAAAUUCCCAAUUCUCAAAUCAAAAUCUCAUCUGAGCUCUCUCGCUGCGCUAUUGGCUUCGUUCAAUUCAGUCGAUCGAAGAUGAAGAAGGCGCCUUUGGCAGUGCUCUUGUUGCUGCUCUCAGCUUUGAUUCCAUCUGGGUCGUCCUCAACUGUGCCUGCUUUCCUCUGGUCCUCACAUGGGGUUCAUCCAUCAUCGUCGUCAUCUGUAAAUUAUCAGACUUUAUCUCCCAAGGAUCUGGCAAAGUCCCUCCUCUCCCAAGCUGGGUGGUCACACUUAUUGUGCUCAGAAGACCAAGUUAAGCAACCUCUGGAUCUGGCUCUUAUCUUUGUUGGUUCACAGCUACAGUCUUCUGAUCUUUAUGCAAACACCAAUGCAAACAAAGAUUUUGUGGACUUUCUCAAGGUGUCCUUUACAAGAUCUAAUUUCUCCAUGGCAUACCCCUACAUUGCUGCAACAGAGGAGUCAAUGGCCGAUUCUUUGCUAGAAGGAGUUACUGAGACUUGUGGAAACAACAUUAAUUUGGGUAAUAUUGCUGUCUCGGAGUCGUGCUCCCUUCCAGCUGGAAAUUUUCAAAAACUUGCAAACGUGCAAUCUGUUCAUGAUUUCCUGAGUUCAAGGACAGAAAAGAGAGCAAAUGGGGAGGCAGAUGUGGUUGUGUUCUGCCAUGAAGAAUCUAAUUCUUUGGAUAAUGUUCACCAAUCACAUUCAGAGACUGAAACUUUUGGCAAGCUUGUUGAUUCCAUGGAUCAGUCUGGGGAAAAGUACGCAGUUCUGUAUGUUUCAGACCCUUCUAAGUCUAUUCAGUAUCCAUCAUCUCGGGAUGUAGAAAGGUUUUUGGCUGAAAGCACCAACACUACAAUCUGUGGUGAAGUUUGCAAGAUCAAAGCAUCACUUUUGGAGGGACUUCUAGUUGGCAUUGUUUUGCUUAUAAUCCUAAUAUCUGGCAUCUGCUGCAUGAUGGGAAUUGAUACUCCAACAAGAUUCGAGACACCUCAAGAUUCUUGAUUAUUUGUAUUUGUGCAAGGUAGUAUACCUAUUGCUUGCAGCAGCAUGAGUGCUCCAUCCAAGGCACUGGUAAACUAGAUGGCGCUUGUUAUAUAGUUCCAAUGGGUGGGAGAUAGAGAUACCCUUUUGUAAUGAUUUGCUAUCUUGCUCAGGAGCUUUUUUUUUUAUUCUGAUAAAAAUAAUGCAAUAUGAUAAUUUUUCCCCCUCUCGGUUGCAUUGUCAUUUUAGGUCCAUGCUGGGUUCUUCUUUGUUUGUAAUUCUAUUUAUUACUUCGACCAUAGUUAUCUAAAGCCCAGCUAGCUGGUCCAAACAUGGUACCUACCUCUUAUUUUAUGAUAUCAUUUGUUACAUAAUAAAGGGCCCUACUGAGAAUUAUGUGUAA